AUGCAAAUUGCAGACACGUUCAUCAAAAGUAUUGAAAAUCCUAAUGCCACUAUUCCAAUUUUGAUGGAAAACAAUAGGUCAAAGAACAUUGACAAAAACCGAGAAAUACUUCGAUGCAUUGCAGAAGCAAUUGUGUAUUGUGGCAAGCAAGGUAUAGCAUUACGUGGGAAGAACGAACACUUGGAGGAUGAGAAAACAAACCCGGGAAAUUUUCUCUCCUUGAUCAAGGUACUGGCUAGGUAUUGCUCAACCUUACAUGAACAUUUAAUGGAGCCACAAAUGAAAUGUGUCACUUACUUGUCACCACAAACACAAAAUGAGUUACUCGGUGUUAUAGGCAAUCACAUAAUUCUCGGUGACCUUGUCCAAGAGAUAAAGACAGCACAGUUCUAUAGUAUCAUGGCGGAUGAGGUGACAUCUCAUAACACUGAACAGCUGGCUCUGUGCGUCCGCUUCGUGGAUUCAGAUGAAAAUAUUAGGGAGGAGUUCAUACAAUUUUCAAAAGUGAUUCGCACCACGGGUGAAUAUCUGGCCAAUGAGAUCAUUCACAUACUGGAAAACCUUGGUAUACCAUUGAAAGAUAUGCGUGGUCAAGGAUAUGAUGGGGCGAGUAACAUGUCAUCUGGUCGAGUUGGCGUCCAGGCUAAAAUCCGAGAGCAUGCUCCAUUAGCAACAUAUGUGCACUGUAGUGGCCAUUGCUUAAAUCUGGUUAUAAGUCACGCCUGUAACAUACCAGAAGUGCGUAACAUGAUCGACAAACUUAAGAACUGUUGCCUUUUUUUCCGAAAUAGCCCAAAGAGAAAUGAACUUCUUGAGUUGAUUACAGCGAUUAAAGUCGAGAACCAAACAAGGAGAAAAACUUUAAUUGAUCUCUGUCGGACCCGAUGGGCGGAGCGCCAAAAUGCCUACCAACACUUUUACCAGUGCUAUUUCUUUAUUGUUGAUGCCCUACAGGUGAUCGGCUACAAGAUGCAUCUUGAAGAAUACAAUGGUCUACAUGAAGGUUUUGCAGAAUUGUAUUGGGAUUGGAAAACACAGACCCGCAGUGAUGCGCAGCAGUUGCUCACUGGUAUAACAAGUUUUGGCUUUAUUAUAGUUUCCUCACAGUCUACCAAUAUCUCUCACAUCUUUCUGGACUUACUGUUCAGCUCCAAAGCUCCUCUCUGGAUAUUAUUCAUGCAUAUAAUGCCGUGA